AUGCAACAGUGGGGCUCCUUUGUCAACAACCCAGUUGCCGAGUCUUCAAGUUUUGACAAUUCUAAAGGAUUUUUGUUGAAGCAACGAGGACGUCACAACCAUCAGGCAACCAUGUCGAACGAAGACAAGCAAAAGAUACAAGAGGUCGAUGCACUCUUAUCUGAGGCAAUGGAUGCUCUAACGUUUGAAGAAAGGCAAUACCAGCAAGAAAUACUUCACGGGGUCGGCGAGGAUAUAGCUGAGGAAGCCACCUUCAUUAAUCGAGAACUGAAUGAUCUUGAUGAACAUCUGAGGCGUAUCAAGCAUGGCAGCAUGUAUGAGGUCGCAGAAAAGCUUGAUGCCAUGUAUGUACAAGCAAGAGACUUUCGACUCAUGUUUCUACGUGCCAAUCGAUACGAUGCUAAAGCAUCAGCAAACCAUAUGUUAAGAUUCUUCGAAACAAAGCAAGACCUCUUUGGAACUGACAAAUUGGCCAAAGACAUCACAAUUGACGACCUCGACGAGGACGACCGAGUAGCGCUAAGGAUGGGUUCUUUUCAGAUGGCAGGAAGAGACACAUCGAACCGACAAAUCGCUGUCCACAUACCAGGUGUAGGACAGUUCAAGAACCUACAGAAUGAACUGCGAGUAAGAUUCUAUACCACCAUGCAAGCCUUGGAAUCCGAACAAACUCAGUUGAACGGCAUCGUUUACAUUUUGUAUUCUGUUGGUGAUUUCAAAGAUGGAAGCAAUGAACUUGGAUUCAUGGAGCACAUUAGGUUUGCACUCUCAGUACCUCAAUACAAUGCAGCAAUCCAUAUCUGUUUCGAUGAUCCAAGUCCGUGCACCAUCAUCAAGGGCGGACUUGCUGUUUUGGAUGCAAGGCUACGGGCUCGUGUCAGGGUACAUUUUGGCAGUCAUGUAGAGUCCUUCCAUAGUUUGUCCACGUACGGAAUCCCGAAAGAAAUGCUCCCAUUCACGCCAUCCUAUGAGCUAAACAUGGACCACCAUUCUAAUUGGGUGGAAUCUUCCCUUCAUAGCGGAAACAAAAAAAUCGAUACAGCCCCUGAACCAGAUGCAGUCACAGAAACAACGCCCCAUGAUGUCUUAUACAGGGGUGGUAUCAAGAGUAGCAAUCGUGGCAAUAACCAUUUGAGGAGUCUAGUUGCAGAAUGGUCGCAAACGUAUAACUCUGGGACAAAUGAUACCAAGCGAUGUGUAGUGUAUGAGAUAGCCGAUGAAAUUCACCGUGUCGGAGGUCGCUUUCUGAGCAAAGCCAAUGGAGAUUCACCAUGGGAAGCAGUUCCGAUGGAUGAAGUACGCUUGAAGAUCACACAAAUGUUUCGGAAUUAUCGCCGUAGAGCAAAAGGUACUCGAAGGAAAAAGAGCCCACCGCAUCAUGGGUUGGAGGAUAGUAUAUUUGAGAGAUAG